AUGAGUGACCCCUUCAGGUUUAGCCCCAGGCUGAUCCCCAGGCCCUUCGGAGACUACUGCUUGUUUACUGCACUGAGCCAGAGCAAGUUCCGUACCAUGCCCCAGACCCACACCUACCCAGCCCCACACCGGCCUGCCCUACACCCCAAGCCCACACCUACCCAGCCCAGCCUGCCCUACACCUACAGUCCACAUCUACCCUACCCCAGCCCAACACCUACCCAGCCCCAGCCUGCCCUACACCCCAAGCCCACACCUGCCCAGCCCAGCCUGCCCUACACCUACACCCCACACCUACCCAGCCCCAGCCUGCCCUACACCUACAGUCCACAUCUACCCUACCCCAGCCCCACACCUACCCAGCCCCAGCCUGCCCUACACCCCAAGCCCACACCUACCCAGCCCAGCCUGCCCUACACUCCACAUCUACCCUACCCCAGCCCCACACCUACCCAGCCCAGCCUGCCCUACACCUACAGUCCACAUCUACCCUACCCCAGCCCCACACCUACCCAGCCCCAGCCUGCCCUACACCCCAAGCCCACACCUACCCAGCCCAGCCUGCCCUACACCUACAGUCCACAUCUACCCUACCCCAGCCCCACACCUACCCAGCCCAGCCUGCCCUACACCUACAGUCCACAUCUACCCUACCCCAGCCCCACACCUACCCAGCCCCAGCCUGCCCUACACCCCAAGCCCACACUUACCCAGCCCAGCAUUCCCUACACGCACAACCCACACCUACCCAACCCAGAAUGCCCUACACCCACAGUCCCACACCUACCCAGCCCCAGCCUUCCCUUCACCCACAGCCCACACCUACCCAGCCCAGAAUGCCCUACACACAGAGCCCACACCUACCCAGCCCAGCCUGCCCUACACCCACAGGCCACACCUACCCAUCCCAGCCUGCCCUACACCCACAAACCACACCUACCCAGCCCAGCCUGCCCAAUUCACACAGCCCACACCUACCCAGCCCAGCCUGCACUACUCUCACAGCCCACACCUACACAGCCCAGCCUGCCCUACUCACACAGCCCACACCUACCCAUCCCAGCCUGCCCUACUCCCACAGCCAACAACUACCCAGCCUGCCCUACUCCCACAGCCCACACCUACCCAGGCCAGCAUGACUUAUACCCACAGCACACACCUACCCAGGCCAGCCUGCGCUACACCCACAGCCCACACCUACCCAGCCGUCUCUACACCCACAGCCAACACCUUUAUCCUCUCAGCCUCAUCUGUUAG